AUGGAGCUAGCUGUCCACUCCCAAAUCGAAGUUAUACCGUGCAAGAUCUGCGGAGACAAGUCGUCAGGAAUCCACUAUGGAGUAAUUACAUGUGAAGGAUGCAAGGGCUUCUUCAGACGGAGUCAACAGAACAACGCCGCUUACUCCUGUCCACGCCAGCGGAACUGCCUUAUCGACAGGACCAACCGUAACCGCUGCCAGCACUGUCGUCUGCAGAAGUGUCUCGCCCUGGGGAUGUCCAGAGAUGCGGUGAAGUUCGGCCGCAUGUCCAAGAAGCAGCGGGACAGCCUGUACGCCGAGGUACAGAAGCACCAGCAGCGCAUCCAGGAGCAGCGGCAGCAGCAGGCGGGCGAGGCCGAGGCCCUGGCCCGCGUCUACUCCUCCAGCCUCACCAACGGCCUCAGCACGCUCAACCACGACAUCGGCGCCACCUACGCCAACGGCCACGUCAUCGAGCUGCCCAAGGGCCCCCCGGGGGGGGCCGGGGGCGGGGGCGGGGGGCACCCGGGGGGCGGGUACUACCACGGUCUGGACUCCACCCAGCCCUCCCCGGACCAGUCGGGGCUGGACAUGGCGGGGAUGAAGCACAUUAAGCAGGAGCCCGUGUACGAUCUCACCCCCGUGCCCAACCUGUUCAGCUACGGAGCCUACCAGGACGGCCAGCUGGGGGCCAGCGUCGGCAUGGGGGAGCUGGAUCGCAUCGCCCAGAACAUCAUCAAGUCCCACCUGGAGACCUGCCAGUACACUGCAGAGGAGCUGCAACAGCUGGCCUGGCAAACACACUCCUACGAGGACGUCAAGAUGUACCAGAGCAAGACGCGAGACGUGCUGUGGCAGCAGUGCGCCAUCCAGAUCACCCACGCCAUCCAGUACGUGGUGGAGUUUGCCAAGCGGAUCUCGGGCUUCAUGGAGCUGUGUCAGAACGACCAGAUCCUUCUCCUCAAGUCAGGUUGUCUCGAGGUGGUUCUGGUCAGAAUGUGCCGGGCCUUCAACCCCCUCAACAACACGGUGCUGUUUGAGGGGAAGUACGGAGGGAUGCAGAUGUUCAAAGCUCUAGGUUGCGACGACCUGGUCAGUGCCGUGUUCGACUUUGCCAAGAGCCUGUGCUCCCUCCAGCUGACCGAAGAGGAGAUCGCCCUGUUCUCCGCGGCGGUGCUCAUCUCCACAGACCGGCCGUGGCUGAUGGAGCCCAGGAAGGUGCAGAAGCUCCAGGAGAAGAUCUACUUUGCCCUGCAGCACAUCAUGCAGAAGAACCACAUGGACGAGGACGCGCUAGCCAAGCUGAUUGGUCGGAUCCCGACGCUGUCGGCCCUGUGCACGCUGCACACCGAGGAGCUCCAGGCGUUCCAGCAGCUGCACCCGGAGACGGUCAACGUGCUCUUCCCCCCGCUCUACAAAGAACUCUUCAACCCCGACGCCAACAUGGCCGCCAUCACCCUGCCCAAAUGACCGCUCCCGCCCGUGAGCCGAGCGAGCGCGGAAGACCACGCGGACAACGACGCCGCGACCGAGCCGUCACCGUGACAACCAGCCCCCCCCCC